AUUAAUACAUGUGUUAUUUUUGUCAAUACACUCUACCAAACAACCCCUAAAUGAUUAGCUUAGAAAAUUCGUGUUAUAUGUGGUGGAUCACUGGGGGCCUUGUCAUAAUAUAGGUGCAAACUGCCAGAAAUACCCUUACUUUUUCUAUCUUUUCUAAGGUCUUUUCUCCACAAAUUUGAUUUAUAAAGAGCUUCCUCUACACACAAAACACAGUUUACAAACGGAAGUCAUGGCUUCAGGUUCAGAACAUCGAAACUUGAGAAUUGUAAUGUUGCCAUACUUAGCUUAUGGCCACAUCACACCUUUCCUUGCACUAGCCAAGAAACUCUCAGAUAGAGGCUUCUCCAUUGACAUAUGUUCCACAACAAUUAAUCUUAGCUUCAUCAAGGAAAAAAUCCCAGAGAAGUAUUGUUCCUCAAUUCAGCUAGUGGAACUCCACUUACCAAACUUGCCUGAACUUCCUCCUCAUUACCACACAACCAAUGGCCUUCCAAAACAUCUCAAACCAACUCUCUUUAAAGCCCUCAAGAUGGCCAGACCACAAUUUCACGAAAUCUUGAGUGCUAAGAAACCUGAUCUUUUGAUAUAUGAUAUAAUGCUCUUAUGGUCAUCUGUGGUUGCAACUACUCUCAACAUCCCAUCAAUAAAAUUCUACACUGUAAAUGCAGCUAUAUUUAGUUACUUUUUCCAUUUUUAUUACAAACCAGGAGAGCAAUUCCCUUUUCCAGCUCUGUAUCUCACGGAAUACGAGCAAGGCAAAAUGACACAUGAAGUUGUUAAUGAUGCGGAGGAAGAAGUUGACAGAGACAAUAUUACCGAAAAUGACAAGUUUGUGUUGGUGGAUAGCUCUAGAGCAAUAGAUGGAAAGCACAUAGAUUAUAUUGAUGGAACAGGCGAAGCAAAGGUUGUACCUAUCGGGACACGAUUUCAGCCAUAUGAUGUGAACCGAAGUGGCAAUGAUAUGGAGGAAACAGAACUGAUGAAAUGGCUUGGCAAGAAAAAGGAGCAUUCAACUAUUUAUGUCUCUUUUGGAAGUGAGUAUUUCUUAUCCAAGGAAGAAAUGGAAGAGAUAGCUUAUGGAUUAGAGCUCAGCAAUGUUAAUUUCAUAUGGGUUGUUAGGUUUCAAAAAGGAGAACAAGUUAAGCUUGAAGACGCACUUCCUCGAGGUUUUAUAGAAAGAAUUGGAGAAAGGGGAAUGUUAGUUGAAGGAUGGGCUCCACAGCAAAGAAUUCUGAAGCACCCUAGUAUUGCCGCAUUCGUAACUCACUGUGGUUGGAAUUCAUCACUCGAGAGCAUAGAAUUUGGUGUUCCAAUCAUUGCCAUACCCAUGCUUUAUGAUCAACCUCUGAAUGCUAGGUUGUUGGGGGAAAUUGGCGUAGCCGUUGAAGUCUCAAGAGAUGGAAAUGGGAAUCUUGACAGAGCGAAUAUAGCUGAGAAUAUUAAACAUGUGAUUGGUGAUGAAACAGGGAAGUUUUUGAGAAAGAAGAUGAGUAGUCUUGGUGAGAAUGUGAGGUCGCGACGAGAGGAAGAGAUGGACGGAGUUGUUGAGGUGAUAGCAUUGCUAUGUGACAAGAAUCAGUCCAAGAAUGUCACUUAACAUAGAAAUGACAUGAGUUCGUAUCCCUCUUUUGCAAAUUUGUGUGUGUGAUUUCUAAUUUUCAGUUAUAAGUUUCCAGCUAUUUUUAGCUAUUGUUUGAUACUUGUAUCGUUCGACCAUUCUGUAACUGAAUAAAGAAACUUUAAUUUGCUUGGUGUGUCAAAA